AUGGCGGCGAGUAACUAUUAUGGCUUUGCGCAAGGCGUCAGCUCGCAGUACAGCAUCCCGCCUCCGUCAGCUUUCCCCCUCCCUGCUGCUGGAGCCAGCUUGCCCACACAGCCUGCUCCUGGACUGGGCCCAGCCCUGAUCCCAUUUCCGGAGGCCGCCCAGCCCCCCGGGCCAGGAUACAGUGGGUACCAGCCCCACUCCGGUCAGGACCUCGGUUAUAGCACCCAGCCCCAGGAGCCUAUGCCAGCUGCCACCACAGCACCCUCCUACCAGGACAGUUACAGCUACGGACUGUCGACAGCCACCAGUGGCUACGAGACCAAACAGUACCCUCCGCCUGCUGCCGGCCAUCAGCUCCCAGCCACGGCCACGCUCUGCCCGCCAGGGACCCAAGGAGCCUACGGGGGCGGUGGGUACGGCCAGGCACAGCCCCUGCCACAGAUGCCCACCGCCGAGGCAGGGCCGCCAGCCAGCGUCGCCUGCUCCAGCUACAACUAUGCCCCAGGCAGCAGCGCCCAGCCCAUGGCCUCCUCCGUCCCCGCCCUGCCGGCCUCGUCGUCCUUCAGCGCAGCCUCCGCCCCAUACACGGGACCAAGCUACCCGAGCUAUGACGCGUCCUCCUACUCCGUGGCCAGUCCUUACUACCCGCCGCUACUCACCCCACAGAUGCAGCCACCGCCGCCGCCACCCCCACCCCCAAAGCCUGUGGACUCAUCCCAGUGGGGUGGCCCAGGAGGCAGUCCCAGUGCCAGCUGUGCCCACAGCGUCGCCAAGAAGCUUCCAGUUCCCAGCAAGCUGCCAAGACCACGGACUGGCCCCCAGCCGCUCCCACUUCACUACUGUGACAUCUGCAAGAUCAGCUGUGCCGGCCCCCAGACAUACCGCGAGCACCUGGAAGGGCAGAAGCACAAGAAGAAAGAGGCAGCCCAGAAGAUGGGCGUCCAGCCCAACGGCAGCCCACGGGGGGUGCAGGCGCAGCUGCGCUGCGACCUCUGUGCCGUGUCCUGCACCGGGGCAGAGGCCUACGCUGCCCACAUCCGGGGGGCCAAGCACCAGAAGGUCUUCAAGCUGCACACCAAACUGGGGAAGCCCAUCCCCACCAUAGACCCUGCACCGGCCAACCCCCACUUGGCCCAGGCCCCCAGCACCAGCCAGCCGGCCUCCAUCCCCGUCACCGUCACCGCAGAGAGCGCCCCCGCAGCCUCAGCCAAGCCCGCGGCCCCCACCAGCCCCAGCGUGUGUGCCCCGAGCAGGCCACCACCGCCCAGGAGACCGGCCACCUCGAAGGCCUCGCGUGUGGGGCCUCCUGCGCUGCCAGCAACUGACUGCAGAGCCCCCCACAGGAAACCGGCAACCCCCAGAUCAGAGAGGCCCGGGGAGCCGUCCACCCGAGGAGGCUCUACAGAAGCUUCUGGAAGCAGCUGUGAGGGGCAGCCGGUGGGCCCAGGCUACGUGGAGGAGGUGUGCAACGAGGAGGGCCGGGUGAUCCGCUUCCGCUGCAAGCUGUGUGAGUGCAGCUUCAACGACCCCAACGCCAGGGACAUGCACGUACGGGGACGCCGGCACCGGCUGCAGUACAAGAAAAAAGUGAACCCUGACCUCCCGAUCGCGGACAAGCCCAGCACACGGGUGCGCAAGCUCGUGGAAGAGACACUGCGGAGGCAGCGGCAGCUGACCAAGAGGCGGCUGGGGGAGCUGCGGCGCUGGCACAACGAGACAAGGUGCAGCCUCGGGGCCCUGCGCGGUGGGAGGGCUCCCCACGGGCUCCCCAGGGCCCCAACGGGACCACCUCACAGCCCUGCCGCCCCUCAGGGCCCCGAGUCCCUCUCGUCCCACAGGCGCUACGACUUGUGCAGGAGGCGGCUGGAAGAGGGGCUGCCCAUCCCAGACGCACACUCAGGACGCCCGCUGCCUGACCAGCACCUGCCUGCCCUCAGGAGUCGGCCAGGGGCGCCCACAGCCAAGCCUCUGCCCACAAGGCGGCCAGAGUCCAGCGACGACCGGCAUGUCAUGUGUAAGCACGCGGCCAUCUACCCAACGGAGGAGGAGCUCCUGGCCGUCCAGAAGGCUGUCUCCCAUGCGGAGCGUGCCCUCAAGCUGGUGUCUGACACGCUGGCUGAGGAGGACUCUGCCAGCCCGGAGCCCGAGGGCGGGGACCACAGCAGCGGCCCCAGCCCCUCAGCCCGGAUCCUGAAAGGCGUGAUGCGGGUUGGCCUCCUGGCGAAGGGGCUACUCCUGCGGGGAGAUCGGGCGGUACAGCUGAUCCUGCUCUGCUCCCAGAAGCCCACCCACGCCCUGCAGCGCAGAGUCGCCGAGCAGCUGCCCCUCCAGCUCCCGGUGGUAACAGACGACAAGUACGAGGUCUCUUCUGACCCGGACGCCAGCAUUGUCAUCUCCUCCUGCGAGGAGCCCCGGAUACAGGUCGCUGUGUCCAUCACCUCGCCCCUAAUGCGGGAGGACCCCUCCAAAGACCAAGAAGGAACUGAGGUGCCUCCGCCGGACCCAGGAGAUGUCCUGAGCCCAGAGAAGUGCCUGCAGGCACUGGCUGCUCUCCGCCAUGCCAAGUGGUUCCAGGCAAGAGCCAGCGGCCUACAGCCCUGUGUGAUUGUCAUCAGGGUCUUCCGGGACCUCUGCCAGCGCGUGCCCACCUGGGGGGCCCUGCCGGACUGGGCCAUGGAGCUGCUGGUGGAGAAGGCCCUGAGCAGCACCAAGGGGCCCCUGAGCCCCGGGGAUGCUGUGCGCCGAGUCCUGGAGUGCGUGGCCUCAGGGACGCUCCUCACAGAUGGGCCCGGGCUCCAGGAUCCCUGUGAGAGAGACCAGAUGGAUGCCCUCAGCUCCAUGACCCUCCAGGAACGAGAAGAUAUCACAGCCAGCGCCCAGCACGCCCUGCGCAUGUUGGCGUUCCGGCAGAUCCACAAGAUCCUGGGCAUCGACCCGCUGCCGCCCCCCAGAAUCAGGCUGGGGGCACGCUUCCGGAAGAGGCCACAGGAGGCAGGCGAGCUGGAGGCCAAGGUGGGCAGCGACCAGAGGAAGCGGCCUCGCCUCCCCAACGGGACCUGA